GAGUGCGCUGGACUAAGGGGGAGGUGCCCGGCUGCUUCUCCCGCGUCCGCCAUUUUGUUACUGUGGCUAUUUGGAACGGGGUGGGUAAAACCGCGGUGGAGGCGCGGCGCUCGUUGGAGUAGGGUGCUUCGUGUGACGGCGGGGGUGGGUGCAGGUCAGUGGGGCUGCAGAGCCGGCGGGUUCCAGGCCCGGGAGUCACCGGAGCCACCCCCGAUACGCCGGGCAGCUGAGAAUCCCGAGGCGGCCUCCUCUCCCGCUACGCUUCGCCCACUUCGACCCCUGGGCUUUGCUCUGUAUUCCCCGGGCCGGCGGUCUCCGUGAGGCGGCCAGGGUGCAGGCGGGCGGGCGGUGGCGGAGGAUGCUGCGGGCCCGGACCCGAGAGGAAGGUCUCGGCCCAGCCCUGUAAGCGUUCCUCGCGGUGUGCCGAGAGGCCCUUCCACGGCCCCAAAGCCGUCAAGUGGUAAAGGUUUCCAGAGAGGCGAGAGCAGCAGCAGCCGCCGCCCAACCCGGGCCCAGCACCAUGUCCUCCGCCAGGUUUGAUUCUUCAGACCGCUCUGCCUGGUACAUGGGGCCAGUGUCUCGCCAGGAGGCGCAGACCCGGCUCCAGGGCCAGCGCCACGGCAUGUUCCUAGUCCGGGACUCCUCUACCUGCCCUGGGGACUAUGUGCUGUCGGUGUCCGAGAACUCGCGUGUCUCCCACUACAUCAUCAACUCCCUGCCCAACCGCCGCUUUAAGAUCGGGGACCAGGAGUUUGACCAUUUGCCGGCCUUGCUGGAGUUCUACAAGAUCCACUACCUGGAUACCACCACCUUAAUCGAGCCAGCGCCCAGGUAUCCAAGCCCACCAAUGGGCUCUGUCUCAGCACCCAACCUGUCUACAGCAGAAGAAAAUCUGGAAUAUGUACGGACUCUGUAUGAUUUUCCUGGGAAUGAUGCUGAAGACCUACCUUUUAAAAAGGGUGAGAUCCUGGUGAUAAUAGAAAAGCCUGAAGAACAGUGGUGGAGUGCCCGGAACAAGGAUGGCCGGGUUGGAAUGAUUCCUGUCCCUUACGUUGAAAAGCUUGUGAGAUCCUCACCACAUGGAAAGCAUGGAAAUAGGAAUUCCAACAGCUAUGGCAUCCCUGAACCUGCUCACGCCUAUGCUCAACCUCAGACCACAACUCCUCUACCUACAGUUGCCAGUACUCCUGGGGCAGCCAUCAACCCUUUGCCAUCCACACAGAAUGGACCUGUCUUUGCAAAAGCAAUCCAGAAAAGAGUACCUUGUGCUUAUGACAAGACUGCCUUGGCAUUAGAGGUUGGUGACAUUGUGAAAGUUACAAGGAUGAAUAUAAAUGGCCAGUGGGAAGGCGAGGUGAAUGGGCGCAAAGGGCUUUUCCCCUUUACACAUGUCAAAAUCUUUGACCCUCAGAACCCAGAUGAAAACGAGUGAUUGCUGCUGCCAUUUCCUGCUGCUUCGUUGUUCUGCCUGUCAUAGUCUCCUUUGAAGUGGGAAAGCAUUCUCUCAUAAGCAAGUUACACUGUGCUGCUGACGUCCAGUUUUCUGUAUACUGGCGGUCUCAUACACAUUUGGAAUGCCUACAGCAGCUGCCACUUGGUGUUUGUAUCAUAGUCACAUUGUCAGAGAGUAGCUGGUUUUAGAGUUCUUCUGGAUUAUAAACUGGAAAUGCUGUUGGAAGCACACAGAGAAUUUCACACAGAAAGGGUCCUCCUUCUCAUCACUGCCCUGUUUGAACUUGGGACAGUUUCUCUCAUGUUCACAUUAGAAAGCUUGAGCUGUAAGAUCAUGCCUGUUGCUGUUCCACAAAGUAGUGGUUUUGCCACCAACUUGUUUUUCUUUGGACAACAGAGGAAGUAAACCUCAAGAAAGUUCUAUCCUGAGCUCCUGAAAUCUGGCUUUUCUUUCACUUUCUUUUAUUUUUGGAAGACUAAAAGUUGAGUGUUCUGAACAGAGUUUUAAAUAGCAGGAUGGAUUUUUGUGGUAGUCCAAGCAACGAGACAUGUCCCUGAGCUUCCAAACUGAAGCUGCUGUAACUAAAGGACUAUGAAAAGAUACUUUGAAGUGGAGGCCUUUAUUGUUUUGGUUGCCCACAGUACCUUGUUUUACAGGUAAACAACACACAAAUCAGUAGUCCUGGUAUGUCAUACUGUGUAUGUAGCCUGGGUUAUUUUUCCCCCAGAAGCACCAGAGUGAGGGUGUGAUUUGUGAAAUCUGUUGCUUUCAUUGCUUGUCAAGACAGGACUAGAAGGGGAUGAAGCACUUGGCCAGUUUUCUGUCCAGCUUUUCAAUGAAUGCACCCCCUUUAAGAAGUCAAAUUUGUUUUAAAAAAUGAGGUCUAUAGAAUUAUUGAAUUCACUAAUUAGAUUCAAUCAUUUUCAUUCACUCACUGAAGCCCACUCAGCCUUCCCCAUCUAGACCCAACUUCUCCAGGCAACUGGAAAGUGAUGGUGCUGCCUGUUACUAGUUCCAUAGUCUAAGCAUCUAUAGUGCUUCUGAGCAAAGAAAAUGCAGGCUCUGGAAUUUAGUAGUGAGUAGAGAAAACUCUUAACCAGUAUACUAUUAACCAUUUAUCAGUUUGUUGAUGUUGAAGCAUUGCCCUGUUAGCUAAAAAAAAAAAAAAAAAAAGUAUUUUAUAUA